AUGAAAGUGCUACUAGUGUUAGUGCAAGUAGCAUGGGCAUUUGGCCUGACAGGUGCCGCAUUAGAAUGCCCAACAUUGGACGAGUUGGGCGAAUGCACGUGCAUUCCAAACACCGCCAAAUUAUAUUGCGGUCCGAAAACCACCAUUUUUACGGACCUCCAGAAUGAAGUUACAUUUGAUUCAAUAGUACUCGAGGGUCUCGAAAAUCCGGCAACGAUCAAUUUGAACAAGGCAAAAACUAAGGCCCUAACAAUUAAAGAUUCUAACCUGGAUGAUUUUGCUAAAAUAUUUACCGCAAAUAUUGUCGAGGUACUCGCGAAAAUAUCAUUGACUAAUGUCCAUAAGGACGAUAACAAAACUAAAAUUUUGGUUAACGACAUACUUGAAAACAUCAUUGACAAAUUACCCCUGGAUCCAUUUGGCAAAUACGGUGAAAAGGACGCUAUAAUCAAAAUAUACCUUGACCACGAUACAAUACAAUGUACAUGGCUAGCUGAAACAUCAGUUGCAUGGAUAUACGAUGGAAAUCACCCGACUGCGUCAACUAACUUAAUACACGUUGACUGCAAUAACUACCAAAACCGAGACCUAUUUCAAAUGCAACCUGAUGAUUUUACUGACCACCCGGUAACAACACCUACACCUGAACCAUAUACAGGGCCCUCCACUACACCGCCGACUACACCCACACCCGAACCAUCACAAGUGGACUAUCAAAUUGACCAGGGUUGGCAACAAAUUACGGCAAACAAUUGGCCGUAUAUGGAUAAUGAGGACAGUAUUAACAAGCAACAUACAAACUUUUUCUUUAUUAAACCUAAUGAAAAUGGUUUUGAAAAAGUGAAAGCCGAUUUAUUGUCCGAUCCGAAACAAAUUGUUAAAUACCCGUUUUGGUCUUAUGAGAGAAAUGUGGUCACCGUGGAUAUAGACAAAGUUACGCAAGUUGACUAUCAGUAUGAAGAUAAGACUACAGGAAAUAAUUAUGGAAAUAUAUCUAAUCAAAACUAA